AUUAUUCUCUGUCAGUUGUCAUGUGCAAAUCCGAAUAUUUUAGGUUAUUAGAGCUAAAAUCAAAAUAAACAUAGUGUGAAUGGGGUUAUAGCAUAAAUAAAUAAAUAACCAUGGAAGCACAGAAAUUAAAACAAAAUAAAAUGAUAGGUCGAAAAGGUAAAAUAAAAAAAACUAUAAAGAAUGUUCUAUGCCGACCUGACCCUGUAAAGUGGCCUUUAAUAAACGAUGUCGAAAGAAAUUCCCUAAAAUCAGUUCUGGAGUUGUAUAAAGUUCAUGUUCCACAGUAUAAAAAACCACACUGGAGUGAAAUUAAGUUGAUACCCAAAAGCGAUCGGCCAAAACCUUCGCCAAUUAAGAGAGUAAAAGGAUUAUUUUUUGGUAUAUCAGAAUGUAAAAAUGCCAUUACAGAUGGUCAAUGUUGUUCAGUACUUAUAGAAGCAAAUGUGAACCCUAGGACCAUAGUUCAACCAAUUAUUGAAAAAUGUUAUUCCUUAAAUAUACCCAUACUAUGUGUAGAAAAUUUAAGACAAUUGAGUAAAAUAUAUUUUGGCAUAAAAACCAGCUGUUUAUGUGUCACGAAUGAUUGUUCAACAGAUUUGGGUAUUGAAAUAAAAGAAAUAUUUAAAAAUUACAAACUGAAUACACACAUUAAGUUUGAUAAGACUAUAGAUGACACUGAAAAGAAUGAUAGAGCCGCCCAAACUAAUGGUGACAAGAAAAUUACUGAACCUAAUAUUGCGGAACCCUACUUGUUUCGUACUGACAAGAAAACUAGAGUGUUCAAUCCGUCUGGAGGUCAGGAGAAAAAAGAUACAAAUAAAUUCAGUGGCCAGCAAUACAUUAAAGUGUCCGAUGAAAAAAUGGAGGUGGAUGUAGCAAAUGAAACGGAAAGAAAGGCUUACAUGAGAAUGAUAUUAAAAAGGAUAUCUAAUAAUCCAAACAGGGUUAGAAGUAAGCAAUGAUUUGACGUACCUUUAUAUGUUUUAUACAAUUUAUAAUGUAAGCAAAAAUACAUGACUACAAAUACAA